UCUGAGCUCUUGGGCCACCUUCGCUCCGGCCACUGCCCAGCUGCCUGGAGCCCAGAGAGCCCAGCCAGGCGAUCGAGACACCUGCCCUGGCCCCACCAUGCCCACGGCGUCCACCGCCUCUGCUGUGCCCUGGACCCUCUCUGCCCCUGUUCCACCUGGCAACGGCAGCGAGGGGCUGCUGGACACGCGGAACCUGCUGCUCGCCCAGGCGGAGCUUGCCCUGCUCUCCACAGUCUUUGUGGCUGUGGCCCUGAGCAACGGCUUGGUGCUGGGGGUCCUAGCACGCCGGGGCCGGCGGGGUCGCUGGGCACCCAUGCAUGUCUUCAUUGGCCACUUGUGCCUGGCCGACCUGGCCGUGGCUCUGUUCCAAGUACUGCCCCAGCUGGUAUGGGAUGCCACAGACCGCUUCCGUGGGCCAGACGCCCUGUGCCGGGCCGUCAAGUACCUGCAGAUGGUGGGCAUGUACGCCUCGUCCUACAUGAUCCUGGCCAUGACGCUGGACCGCCACCGUGCCAUCUGCCGCCCCAUGUUGGCCUACCGCCACGGAGGUGGGACUCACUGGAACCGGCCGGUGCUGGUGGCCUGGGCCUUCUCGCUCAUUCUCAGCCUGCCCCAGCUUUUCAUCUUUGCCCAGCGUGACGUGGGUAAUGGCAGUGGGGUCCAUGACUGCUGGGCCCACUUUGUGGAGCCCUGGGGCCUCCGAGCCUAUGUCACCUGGAUCGCUCUGAUGGUGUUCGUGGCCCCGGCCCUGGGCAUCGCUGCCUGCCAGGUGCUCAUCUUCCGGGAGAUCCAUGCGAGCCUGCUGCUGGGGCCAGCAGAGAGGGCCAGGGCUUGCCGGGGAGGGCACCGGACAGGCAGUCCCAGCGAGGGGGCCCGGGUGUCAGCGGCCAUGGCCAAGACCGUGCGGAUGACGCUGGUGAUUGUGAUCGUGUACGUGCUAUGCUGGGCGCCUUUCUUCCUCGUGCAGCUGUGGGCGGCGUGGGACCCGCAGGCGCCGGUGGAAGAGGCCCCCUUCGUGCUGCUGAUGUUGCUGGCCAGCCUGAACAGCUGCACCAACCCCUGGAUCUACGCCUUCUUCAGCAGCAGCGUCUCCUCGGAGCUGCGGAGCCUGCUCUGCGGGGCCCGAAGUCGGGCCCCACCCAGCUCGGGCCCCCAGGAGGAGUCCUGCGCCACUGCCAGCUCCUUCCUGGCCAAGGACACUUCCUCCUGAGAAGUCAGGGGGCGCCUUCCUUCUAGAAGCUCUGUGAAACCCCGCUGCCCACCUGGGGCUGGCCCUGGGAAUGCCGGGCUUGGGGGGGUUCCACCCCAGCAGGGGACCCCCCCACACCCAGGGGCGGGGCCGGAGGACCUUCUUCUCCCCCCACCGCUCCCCUCGUCCCAGCCUCUCUAGCUCCCCUCAGCCCUCCGCUCUCACUCGCUCCCCAAUAAACG